AUGGUCAAUCGUGAAAGCAGAUUCAGACACCCGUAUGAAAUAAGCUACGAAAUCAAGUACGGUUCGCAAAAUAAUGUGGUUUAUUUGGGUAAACUCAAGUCAAAAAAUCUUACCGACAAGGACAAGCAAAAACUAAAGAAAUUACAACAAGAAAUAGUUGAGAAGGGAAUGAAAAUCGACGAGCUUGAAAAGCAAAAUCUAUUCAUCAUAGAAAAAUACGAUAGCCUUCAGCAAGAGCAUCUUGAAUGUAUUCAAGUAAAAAGAGAGCUAAAGGCUAAGCUUCAGAAGCUGAAGAAAGAGAGGGAGGAGAAGGAAAAUCAACUGACAAAACUACAAAAUGAAAAAACUGAAUGCGAAAAAAAAUUUAAAGAGGUUCAUGACAAAUUAGUAGACCAAGAAGAAAAGAACAACAGCCUUCAUGAAAAGCAAAUUGAGCUGAAGAAAUUGAACGAGAAGAAUAAAGAAGCAGCUAAAAACUUGACUCGCGAAAAUCAUCAGCUGCAGACGGCUUUAUCUGAACGAAGUCAAGAAUUAAAACAUGUUCAAGAGGCCCAUCAGAAAGACAAGUAUAUGAUCUGUGGAUUGGAGAAGCAAAUUCUGAAGAUUCAAAAUGCCCACGAGAAAGAGAAGAAUGACAAAACUGAUCAAUGGAAGGAUCUUAUCAAAUCAAUGAUGAUGAAAAAUGAAGAUGAGUUGAAGAAAUCAAGCGAAAAACUGAAAGAAGAAAGCAGUCUUCGAAAAUUAUCUGAAGCUAAAAACGGUGCCCUUCAAAGAAAAAAUCAAGAGCUUGAAAAUAAAGCACGAAGACUUCAGAAAACACUGGAGGAGGAAUAUAAAAAUAGAAGAACUCAAAAUGAAGAGAUUGACCAGCUUCGCGAAAAGCUUGAAAAUUUUGCUUGUCCGAUAUGCUACGACAAUUUCAACACGGGUGAUCAUUUCUCAUUUACGUUGGAACGGUGUGGUCAUGUUUUUGGGGAAAAAUGCAUAAGAGAGACAAUAAGACAAACUUCUCGAUGUCAUGUUUGCAACAAGAAAGCAAAUGCAGACCAAUUAAUGAGAAUCAUUCUUGUUUAA